AUGUGCGGCUCCACUGCAACGAUGAAGAAUCUCCUCUCCGCCAACGAACCCACCACCCUCAAGAAUGCGCUCCGCAAGAGGAUGCACGAUGAUAUCGGUGCCUCCAAGCUCAGCAGCAACAAGAAGGCAGCCUUCACCAGCUCGUACCUGACCUCCUUGACCCAGUCCUUGGACGUCACCAUGGCCCAAGAAGUCGUCUCUUCCACUCCGGCACCAACACUCUCGCGCAAAAAGUCUGAUGCAGGCUCCGAAGACGUCUUGCUGGAAAAGGAUUUCCAACCCGGAAACUGGCAUGUGAUUUACGGCCGCGAAAAGAGCCACAAGGAACACAUUGGCAACAAACGCCUCCGUGUCUUGAUUGCCAACAACCUCAAGGCAUACGUGGAAGCUCCCACUCGCCGAGAGAAGUCUCAGAUCAUUGACGAUGUGGCUUCCCAAAUCCGGUGUUACGGAGGCUUUGUCAAGAAGACCCGUGAAGGACGAUGGCUCUCCAUUGGACCCAGCCAAAGUCGCGAGAAGGUGGGACACUCCUUCCGUGACUGCAUGAAGCUCUUCAAGGGCAACAAACCCAGUUGCAAGCAGACGAUCUGGGAAGAAGCUCAGAACGCAAUCUUUAGCAACCUGCAGCUUCGUGGAUCUUGCUCCUUCGAUCCUUCCUCUGCCUCCUCCGUCUCCUCCUCUUCCACACCAGUACAAGCACCAGUACAACAACAGCAACAACAAGUACCACCAAUGACAACUCUGCCAGAACCAGUGGUGUCAGAGGUUGUUGUUACCCCAUACUACUCCCACCAUGAUCCUCUUCCUCUGGAUGACGAUUCUUGUGGAUUCCCUUCCCUGGUUGUUGGGGCAACCAACCAAAUGAACCCAUUGGAAUGGUUUGACUUUACAAACUAA